GAGAGAGAGAGAGAGAGAGAGAGAGAGAGAGAGAGAGAGAGAGGUAUCUCAAAUAAUUUGUUAGUCUGUAGUGGCACUACUAAAGACAGGAUGGGAGCAAGCAGUCUGCCUUGGAAAGAAAUCAUCAUCUUCUCUAUGUUUUAUUCCUUAUGUGCAGCUCAUCAAAGGUAUAAAGGUCUUUAUUCUUCGGCGUUCAGGGUGAAGAGGGGUGCGGCCCCAUUGGUGAACACUGUAUUUCAAAACUCUGUCAGCGAUGUCAAUUUGCUAUUUGAGAUUCUUUUAGAUGGACCUCAAAUUGAAGAUGAAAACGGACGGUUUUUAGUAUGGGACAGAGAACUAGCAUCUCUACAUAAGACACACAAGUUAGAAGUCAUCUGUGAGAACAUUAUUCCCAAGUCGGUCCCAGAGGUGCGUCGACUGAUCUUUGCUCUCGCCCAAGGCAAAGGUGUUCUUAGGAGGGAAGACUUUGAGCGCACAGUGCUGACUUUAGUGUACACAGCCAAUAAAAUAGCUCAGGCAAACACUGAACACCAAAAAGAUGUUUGGGCAGAGUGCUUUAUCAACCUCUACAAAGCCAUUAAACAUGACUUAACACUCAGAUAAAGGAAACAUCAUUCUUGACUUAUCAGCCUGGCAGAAAAACAAUAUAACUUCUGGUAGCUUUAGUUAGUGUUUAGCAAGUGGAACGCACAUCUAGCUCUGAAGUGAUUCAUAAAAAGGAAUACAUAUUUUUAUAGAACCACACACACACACACACACACACACACACACACACACACACACACACACACACACACACACGU